AGCUGGGGUAAGGAGUUCAAGGCAGCGCCCACACUCGGGGGCUCUCCGCAUCCCAACCGCUGUCCGCUCCCCCUUUCCCGCCCUCCCUCCCACUCACUCACCCACCCACCCAGAGCUGGGACGGCAGCCUAGAAGCCGGACCCCGCCGCCUCCUCGCCGCGAUCCUGGACUUCCUCCUGCCACAGGAGCCGGCUUCCACGUGUGCCCCGGAGCCGGCGUCUCAGCACACGCUCGGUUCAGAGCCCCGGUGCCUUCAGCAGCCCGAACAGCCAGGGGGCGGAGGCCCGGGCGCCAUCUGGGGCAAGUUAGGCUCGGCCGAGUCCAGCGCCGAUCGUCCUCAGAGCCGGAGGACCCGUGGGGUGUCUGGGUCCGAGCCGCAGCUAAUGGGCUCCGACGUGCGGGACCUGAACGCGCUGCUGCCCGCGGUCCCCUCACUGGGUGGCGGCGGCGGUUGCGCGCUGCCAGUGAGCGGUGCAGCGCAGUGGGCGCCGGUACUGGACUUCGCGCCCCCGGGCGCAUCGGCUUACGGUUCCUUGGGCGGCCCUGCUCCGCCGACCGCUCCGCCGCCACCCCCGCCACCGCCUCCGCCUCACUCCUUCAUCAAACAGGAGCCGAGCUGGGGCGGUACGGAGCCGCACGAGGAGCAAUGCCUGAGCGCCUUCACGGUCCACUUUUCUGGCCAGUUCACUGGUACAGCCGGAGCCUGUCGCUAUGGACCUUUCGGUCCUCCCCCGCCUAGCCAGGCGUCCUCCGGCCAGGCCAGGAUGUUCCCCAACGCGCCCUACCUGCCCAGCUGCCUGGAGAGCCAGCCCGCUAUUCGCAACCAGGGAUACAGCACGGUCACCUUCGACGGGACGCCCAGCUAUGGUCACACGCCCUCGCACCAUGCGGCGCAGUUUCCUAACCAUUCCUUCAAGCACGAGGACCCCAUGAGCCAGCAGGGCUCUCUGGGCGAGCAACAAUACUCCGUGCCGCCCCCGGUCUAUGGCUGUCACACCCCCACCGACAGCUGCACUGGCAGCCAGGCCCUGCUGCUGAGGACGCCCUACAGCAGUGACAAUUUAUACCAAAUGACCUCCCAACUUGAAUGCAUGACCUGGAAUCAGAUGAAUUUAGGAGCCACCUUAAAGGGAGUUGCUGCUGGGAGCUCCAGCUCAGUGAAAUGGACAGAAGGGCAAAGCAACCAUGGCACAGGGUAUGAGAGUGAGAACCACACCACACCCAUCCUCUGCGGUGCCCAGUACAGAAUACACACCCAUGGCGUGUUCCGGGGCAUUCAGGAUGUGCGGCGCGUGCCUGGAGUAGCCCCGACUCUUGUCCGGUCGGCAUCUGAGACCAGUGAGAAACGACCGUUCAUGUGUGCUUACCCGGGCUGCAAUAAGAGAUAUUUUAAGCUGUCCCACUUACAGAUGCACAGCCGGAAGCACACUGGUGAGAAACCAUACCAGUGUGACUUCAAGGACUGUGAGCGAAGGUUUUCUCGUUCAGACCAACUCAAAAGGCACCAAAGGAGACACACAGGUGUGAAACCAUUCCAGUGUAAAACUUGUCAGCGAAAGUUCUCCCGGUCCGACCACCUGAAGACCCACACCAGGACUCAUACAGGUAAAACAAGUGAAAAGCCCUUCAGCUGUCGGUGGCCCAGCUGUCAGAAAAAGUUCGCCCGGUCAGAUGAAUUAGUCCGCCAUCACAACAUGCACCAGAGAAAUAUGAGCAAACUCCAGCUGGCGCUUUGAAGGGUCCAACCAGGGACAGUUCAGCAUCCCAGGCAGGACAGCGUGUGAGCUACUUUCAAAUGUGAUUUUUGAAAUUCCUCCUCACUCACUUAAAAAGCACACAGCCAUUUGUCUUCAUCUAACUUCAGGACAAGACACCUGUACGACUGGAUGCUCCCAGGUUUGCCCAGAGGAGUUGGACUCUGCUGUGCCAACUUUUAAUUGACUCACAGACCUGAAGAAGCGGCUGACAGUGUCUGGUUAGUUAAAAGCCCAUCGCCAUUUGGUCUGGAUUUUCCACUGUAAGAGGAACCGUUGUUGAUAAUGUAUCUCCCGUCCCCCCCUUCUCCUUUUGUGCUCAUCUUCACUAGAAAUGAAGUGCUUGUACCAUUUUCCAUCAUGGAAUAUUUAUAGGUCAAGGCAUGCAUAUGUGUCUGCUAAUGUAAACUUUGUCAUGGUUUCAAUUUACUAACAGCACCAGCAAGAAAUAAAUCAGAGAGCAAGGCAUUGGGGGGCGAGUCUCAGCCAACAUUCCUGAGGUCAGGCAGGCUGCUAACAUGGAAGACAGGAUGUAGCUCUUACCAGGUGACUUUUAAAACUCAUGCAUUUCAAGCAACUGAAAAUAAAAUUAAAAAAAAAGAAUCAGAACUAACCAGUACCUCUGUAUAGAAACCUAAAAGAAUCUUACUCUUCAGUUAAUUCAAUAUUAACAUUAACACAAUUCUCUUAAGAAACUGAUUGAAGAUCUGAGAUUUUGUUUUUGUGGUUUUGACCCUUUUUGUGAAUUGUAAUCACGUGUAUCUUCAGAGAUGUUUUUAUUGCCUCACAAAAGGAAGCAGAAUUCAUUUUCAUUACUUGGGGUGUCCUUAGUGUACGGACCACACUGGCAAUGCAGCUUCAAGUUGUAAAAAUUAAAGUGACUUUAUAGGGGUCCAGGAUCUUCACUGAUAAGACUGUUCUUAAUUAACUUAAGUAACUUUGGGUCUAUAAGUAUAUGUGAAAAGAAAUGAGACUAUUGUGAGGAAAUCCAUUGUUUAAAGGUGGGCGUGUGUCUGUGUGUGUGUGUGUGUGUGUGUGUGUGUGUGUGUGUUCUUGGUUUUUUUUUAAGGGAAGGAGUUAUAUUAUUUACUGUUGCUUGAAAUUGUGUAAAUAUAUAUAUCUGAAAAUGAUUUGCUCUUUGACAACUAAAAUUAGGAAAUGUAUAAAUACUAGAUGCAUCACUGUUUGAGUGUUAAUCUUACAGCGUACUGAUGAUAACACUGAAAAUGUAACUGCAUUUUUCACUUUGCGCUCAAUUAAAGUCUGUUGAAAA